AUGUUCGUCGGGGUCAGCAUCUGCUAAGUUCUCUUGUUCAUCCCCUCUGCAUUGUGUUUUUUUUCGUGAAACAAUCACGAAAUUGUGAAAAUCCCAUUCGUGUCGCGUGUGUUCAACCGAAUGUACCUUGGUGCUUGAACCUCCCGCGCUGGUUUGUUGUCGUUUCUGGGCAUACACCAGGCCAACAAACGGGACCGUUCCGUUGUGUGCAUCGAUCCGAUCUGUUUUUUUUUUACUGUUACCGGGGUAAAUUGUUCCUCGCUGGCCUCAGCCGCACCCUACCAACCCCUCGAACCGAAUCAAUCGGCAGUGGUGGUCCACGGCCCCGCCAAAAUCGCGAUCGAGCUUCCAUUGUUGCCGUGAUCAAUUUUUCCAAUCGCAGUAGCCCAAUUUUCCAGCCUCGAUUAACGUGAAAACUGUUUUCUACUUCCACCGAUUCUCUCCCAUGCAAAACACGAAAAAUUAACCUCCAGUAAAAAUACGGCUCACUCGGAGGGUGCUCAAGGCAACAUCAUCACCGUCAUCGUCAUCGUCGGCGGCACUGAUAAGAGGUGGUCCAUAUAUAGGAGCGAACCAAAGGCUGUGGGUAGAUUUUGCGAGGACGAACCAGAAGAAGGGGGUUACCAGCUAAUUGAAUCAUUCAGUUGACAACUUCUUCCGCUCGCAAGUGUACAUACUGCCAGUCCCUGCCGUACACUCGAGGCCCUUUUUAAAGCGUGCAUAAACGACAUAAAACGAGAGAGAGAGAGCGAGAAAGGGAAAAAUAACCAAAAGUGCUUGUGUUCCAUCGCGAAGGUAGAGGCGAGACCCAAUAGUAAAAAAAAAAGAAAAUCCAGGGUGUGUUCCUUGCUCACAGUGCGUGUGUGUGUGCGCGCGUGUGCCAAUAGAAACCCCUAGUGCAACAUGACCUCGUCGUCGACUACCACGAAAACCAUCACGACACCGGCCAAACUGUACGGCAAGGAUGUCGGCGCGUACGACGAUAUCGAUGUGGACGAGCUGCUUGCCCAGCUGUCGCCGGAGGAAAUCACCAUGCUGGCAAAGGAGGUCGAUCCCGAUGAUUCGUUUCUACCGCCGAGCCAGCGUACGAACUACGAGUGUGAUAAGGCACCGACCGGUCCGCUCGAUCGCAAGAAGCUGAUCGAACAUAUUAACAAGCAAGCACUGGAAACGCCCGACCGUCCAGAGCUUGAACCGUACGUACCGGGAGUGGUGCGCGGAAAGAAGUGGAUGCCACCGCCACCAGCGGCGAAGCUGCAGGCCGCCGAUGAGCAGAUAGCGAUUGAUCUCGGCGACGAGUACGAGCAGGCUCUCACGGAUGCCACGCAAGAAGAGAUUAUCGAUCUCGCCGCAAUCCUCGGCUUCCACUCCAUGAUGAACCAGGACCAAUACCACGCGUCGCUGCUGAACAAGGGCCAGCCGGUCGGACUCGGCUGGGAUGGCAUCACCAAGUCGGCUAUACCGAAGAUCUUCCCGGCUGAGGCACCGAAUACCACCGACCCGGAGGAGACGAUCCAGCGCAUCAAGAGCGACGAUGGCAAGCUGGUCGAGGUGAACCUCAACAACAUCAAGACCAUCUCAGACGAACAGUUCGACAAAUUAUUCGAGGCGCUCAAGAGCAACACACACCUGGAGGUACUGUCGCUGACCAACGUCGGACUGACAGAUCGCACCGCACUGAUGUUGGCUUCGGCCAUCGAACAGAAUCACGCCCUGCGGGUGCUGAACGUCGAAACGAACUUUAUCAGCCCUCCGGUCAUCGUGACGCUGGUCAAGAGCUUGCUGACGCAGAUGACAAUCGAGGAGUUUCGAGCCUCGAACCAGCGAUCGCAAGUGUUCGGUAACAAGAUCGAGAUGGAGAUCACGGAGCUGGUCGAAAAGAAUACCACCCUGCUGCGGCUGGGUUUGCAUUUGGAGUUCAACGAUGCCCGGCAUCGGGUAGCCGCCCAUCUGCAACGUAACAUCGACAGAAUACGUCAGGCGCGGCUGAAUGAGCGCAAGUAAGCGAAACCUAAGGGACAUCCCGUCCAUUCAGCAAAACCAAGCCGGAAAGAAAACGGCCAACAGACCCCGGCGGUGCAUGGUGGCGCUAUAGAAACGGCACAUACACAUACACACACGCGCGCACACACACACACACACACGCACACAUAAACAUCAUAUGUACCAACCGAAGAUGACCGACGCCGACAGCAACCAGCCACUCCCUGGUGAAAUAGAGAACCGGAAGCAACCGUGCAUCCUCCUGAGUACCAGUUUUAAUCUUACUACUUCUUAAUCACCAUUGAUGGGUUUUACAUACUUUAACUUUUACGAGAAAGCUAGCGACUAGUGACACACAAAGCAAUAAGACCGCGAGCUAGAGUCGUUUGGGCUUACUUUUGCUUUGUCUUCUACCGAUCAUUAUGUUUAAUAUUACGUAACUUAUUUGUUUUUUUUUUUCUCCAAAUAAUGAAUAAUACAAAAUGAAAACAUUUAAAAACAGACGUUCAUUGAACGACCAAAGAAAAGGAUGAAAAAAUCUAUCUAAAUCAUUUUCUCGCCGAAACAAUACAAGAAGAAUACUUUAUUAAUAGAAAAGGGCGUUAAUAUUAAAUUGUUCAGUUAGCUGAUUAGUGAACCUUUCUUCUUUCUGUAUUAGCUCUAAUUUCCGCAAUUGUACAAAAAAAAAUGUCUCAGUAGCAAAAGGUCUUAUUGUUUUGUCGUUCACAAUUCAAGAUGUAUCUUUUAAAUAUCAUAAUUGUUUCGUAUUCUAUAAAGACGUCUCGUAAAUGUGAUUGA